GCACACCCGCCACUGCACCCGCUGGUGGUACACGAGAAGGGCAACAAAACCCUCUUUCUCCCCCCACCACUCUCUCUCCGUGGCGAUCGAGGAAUCCAAUGGCGCACCCGACGAGGCCACCGGCGAGGCACUCGCCGAACCCUUGCCUCGCCCUCGCCUUCCGGCCACCGCCGGCGCCGGCGCCGGCGCCGCCCCAGUCUCCGACGACGCCGGCCGCUCGCCGCCCCGACACGCCACAGAGGGCCGCGCAGCAGGACACACCUUUUGCAACAAGUGUUGAUGGUUCAAGAAAUAGUGCCCGCUCUCAGUGCAAACAAGAUACAAGGUAUACCCAAAUUCUCCAUGCUAAUGAGGCAACAUCCAGAACCAAGAGAAUUGCAGAACCAGACUCUUCAGAUAAGCUCAAGACACCUAGACUUACUGGUGGUACAUAUUCAAAACCUGAUGCAAGAGUGAAGCUGAUUCCCGCAGAAGAUAUUACCUAUGUACAACAUCGAAAACCAUAUGGUAGAACUGUUGGCUCAGCUGGGUUACAGAAAAAACAUUGCAGACGAAGUGUCACACCACCACCAAAUUCACGUAAAGUAUCUGUUCUAGGACCCACAUCACUCACUCAAAGUCCCCGAAGUCCUGGAAUUGCUUCUCUGAAGAACCCUGCAUCACCAAGUUGCAAAUCUUCACAACCUCUAAGUACUAAUUUGUAUACUGAUGCUACUCCUAGAAAUCUAGACAGAAUGGACAGUACAAAAGCACUUGCCCAGAGCUCCAGUUCGAGUAUUUUGCAUUCUCAAGGUCAGUGCAAUAAAAAACUGUCAGCUAGUUUGCCAAAAGGGGCAAUGAUAAAUCCUCUGUCUCCUAGUCUCAAGCAAUCACGCGCUCCAAAUCCAAGUGAGGAUCCUCUUUGUACAAAGGCAGAGCCUUCUUCUAAGAGUUUGUGUGCACCAGAGAGUGGAAAGUUAUGUAGUACAAACAUCAAUUUAACUACAAUGACUACAGCUCCUGGAUUGCAAGCUCCUAUUGUGGAGCCAUUGCUAAGCCCAACAUCUGUGCUUAGUGAAAGACCCACUGAGACUUGUCCUGAUACAAGAACUGCGGCUCCUGUCGCGCAAGAACCAAGUGUGAAGCCUGUAUUCCAGAGCCCAAUACCUUUGCACAAUGAAUCUUCCAUGGAGUGCAACAAUAUUCCUCCAAUAAACAGCCCCCAGUCCAUAGCUUCUGCGGAACAUGGUGCAUUGUUGCAAGAAAGCAACUCAGGGGCAUCAAUUAACUGUAUCACAUCUUCAGUAUUUUGUCAUAACGUUGCUAUUCGGGAAACAGGCGCACCAGUAAUUUUACAUACGAAGCUGCACAAGAAGCAUUAUCAACCAGAAACCAGCUGGAAGGUCAGCUUUCAUGUUACUGCACAACUGAUACAUACUUGCGAUGGACUUGAAGCCCAUCUCCCUUUUCAUAUCAAUGUCAGAGUUUAUGAAGCUUCAAGGCACAUGCCUGAAAUUUUAAAUCUGGAGGCUGUACCUCUUUACCAGCUAUGGCCAAAAAAGUUCAAGAUAGUACCCCCAGAUGGCGAGGAUAUUGGACUAUUGUUUGUGAGCAGUCACCAAAGGCCUCACAGUGCUUUCAAUCAUCUUCUUGAAAAGGUUGCUUCACAUACUGGCCUGCUAACCAAAAUUGGUGAUACUGAAUUGGCGAUAUUUUCAUCAAAGUUGCUUUCACCAGACUAUCAGAAAAAAAAUGGACAAUUAUAUUUUUGGGGUAUUUUUGGGAAGCGUCUCAGGAAGAACCGACGCAAACCUAACAGACAUGUAAAGAAGGUAAUGAUCAGCAAUCCUAGUCAGCCAAAUGAAGACACUUGUAAUAAAUAUGAGAAGGUAAGCCUGAACAUGGAUGUGGCAAAAGGCAAAGAGACAGGGAAUACUGAAUCUGAUAUUGGCAUGACAUUGGAUACCAGAGGCAAUCCAACAGAUGUCACAGGAAACAAAGAGGUAGGGAGGGACAAUUAUGAGGGUAUUGCCAAGGUAUUGGAUUUGACAGGAGGCAAGGAGACUGAUAGGGUCAAUGACUGCAUCGCUGUUCUCGGAACUCCUGAUUCAAACCCUUCGUCCGGUUGCUCAGCUCCUGCUGCUUCUCUUCUUAAUGGAUGUCGCAGUCUUGACUCUGCAAACAAGAGCCUAUUUAGCUUCGAAGAUUCCGCCUGUCAGCCUGCUGAUAGAUCUUCAGCUAGCUCAGACCUUAUGCUGAACAUACCCCCUGGAUUUUCAAUAGAUGUACCUCCUGGUUUCACAAAAGCUCACUGUAAGCUUAAGAUCGAAGCUGCUUCUGUGUCUUGUGCCGAUGCACCUCCCAGUCUCAUUUUGGAUGCUCCUCCGGGAUUUGGUUCAGAUAUCCCUCCUGGCUUUACUGAAGCUCAUCGCCGACUACCUGCUGCAAUUUCUUCUGCUGGGUCAGAAACCUUUGCUUCUACCACUGGCGCUGAAAAGAAGCCCAUCUUUUUGAAAAUUGAAAAGAAGUCCCUCUCUUAUGCUGAUGCACCUCCCAGACUUAUUUUGGACGCUCCUCCGGGAUUUCAUACAGAUAUCCCUCCUGGCUUUACUGAAGCUCAUCGCCGACUACCUGCUGCAAUUUCUUCUGCUGGAUCAGAAACCUUUGCUUCAACCACUGGCGCUGAAAAGAAGCCCCUCUCUUAUGCUGAUGCACCUCCCAGUCUUAUUUUGGACGCUCCUCCGGGAUUUCGUACAGAUAUCCCUCCUGGCUUUACUGAAGCUCAUCGCCGACUACCUGCUGCAAUUUCUUCUGCUGGAUCAGAAACCUUUGUUUCAACCACUGGCGCUGAAAAGAAGCCCCUCUCUUAUGCUGAUGCACCUCCCAGUCUUAUUUUGGACGCUCCUCCGAGAUUUCGUACGGAUAUCCCUCCUGGCUUUACUGAAGCUCAUUGCCGACUACCUGCUGCAAUUUCUUCUGCUGGAACAGAAACCUUUGCUUCUACCAGCGGCACUGAAAAUAAGCCCCUCAUUAGGUUCUCUCCAAAUGUUUUACCUGCUAUUGAUAAGGCCACAGAGAACCGAAUACUAUAUUCUUUGGCAUCUGGUGCAUCUUCAAGGGGAAAAGCUGGGAAAGCAGAUGAAAUGGAAUUCAUGCACAAUGAGGUAAAAGUUGAACAGGAUGAAAACUCAGAGGAGCGAGAGUUUCCAAAAAUCAGGCGGCUUUCAGAUCUGUAUCCUAGUUCUUCGGACAUCACUGAAUUUUCCCAGCCUACACACUUGCCUGACAAGUUUCAGGAGUGGACGCCUGGGAAACAGAUGCAUGAGAGAGAGAGGGGCAGGCAAGAAUCACCGGAUCCUUCUCCUGCAGAUACCAUGACUAGAAGGCCGAAUGUGAAUGGUCAAAUUGCCUUGAACAAUAGCGCAGAUCAAAAGGGAAUGGUAAGGUGAGAUGCAUCCUUGGAAGGCCGCACGGUGCUGCCUGCCAGAGCUACUGGGUUGUCAUCGCUAGCAUCGUUAGGUGAUCACUCGAUAGAGAGCAUUUCCUGUAGGCGCGUUGGUGUGCAGCGAAGAGUUCCCAGCACAUUAAGUUGUAGGAUUGCAUAAGAAAGACUAAAGUGAUCCAGUACUAAGCAAACACAAUGGUAGUGUUUAAUGUUGUUUUGGGUAUUUCCUGUAAGGCUGUACCUAAUGUGAAUCAUAGAGCGUAGCAUGCUGAACUGAUGAUACAGGCCAGCACUUGGCAGUGCAGACCUUCUACAGUCUCGAAAGAGAACGAGAUUUACUGGUCUUAAUGAAA